GGAGGUGGGAGGGGUUACGGUGUAAGGACGAGGCCUGGCGGCGGGAGCGCCGCGGUGAGAUCGGGCGGGCGGACUCGGGCAGCGCAUGGUCGUGGGGAAGGAGCUCGGCGGCUUUGGUGGUCUGGGUGUCCACCCAAACUCCCCAGAAAGAAAAGAGUUCAAACCUUGUGCUGGUCCUGCUGACCCCAGUUUGUGCUCGUUGCCCUUUGUCCUGUUGCUGGGCACCACUGAAAAGAGCCUGGCCCCAUCCCUUGACUCCCACACUUCAGGACUUCAAAAUGACAGGAAGAGAAUUUCUUGAGCUAGAUUCUCCACAGCGAACGCUAUAUUUGGAAAGAGUGAAGCGGAUGGAAAUCAUACACAAGUUGUUGAAUGAGCUUCCUAAAUCAGAUCAGAACCUUUGUAAUCAUGGAUCAUACUUCCUUGCAGGAAAUGCAAGCUUAUGUGGCUUAACAGCAAAUAAUUUCUUCAGGAAGAUCCUAAAUAUCAGAAAGGCUGCCAUAAUAUCUGCUUUGCCAAUGGCUGUUAUUCCAUUUAUUUCAACAGUGGCAGUUUAUGAUGCUUUCCUGCGUGAGCCUCUAUUUUCAGGUGAGCUGGACUGCCAAGUCUGUGCUGUGGUCAGAGGAGGAUUAAUAGGUGCUGUUGUGGGUAGUCUCUACCCUAUUUUCAUGGCUGUCCCUGUGAAUGGAAGCCUUGCAGCCAGGUAUUCUUCAUCUCCCUUGCCAGGGAAAGAGAACUUAUUACGCUUCUGGCUCUCAGUUUCUCAGCCUGUCUUUAGAAAGAUGAGAUUUGGUGUGCUCAUACAGGUUUUGACUGGAGUUUUUCUUGCCACUAAACAUCAUGGAAUAUAUGUCAAAGUACUGGAGCAGAUGAAGCCCAGCAGGGAUCCUGAAGAGUUACAAGCCUGAAGUUGAACAACUUUCCAGUUGCCAUGAAUAAGAAACUGUAAUAAUAAACAAAGAAGCUGGUGCUUGCAUCCUUCUUCUAAUAGAAAACAAGGUUAAGACUGUGUGCUGACAUUCUUUUCAACCCUGAACUUGAAUGUUAAGUUCUUCGUCCUGCCUGGCACAGAAUAUAUACCUUGAUAGUAUCUCUAUAAAAAGAAGUGUUUUUCUUUGGAAA